AUGAGGGAUGCUAGAUGCUCUCUAUGUGGAGAGUUGAUGCCUGGUGAUUUAAUCCCCGACAUUGAAUAUACAUCAUCGCUCGAGAUUUUUAAAGAAGAUGAAAAAUGGAAGACAGAUUUUCGCAAACACAAAUAUGUGAUUGGGGAAGCAGAAGACCUGAAUCGAGUCUACUUCCAGCUCCCAUGGCUCUGGGGUCGUCUAUAUAGGACAGUCUACGAAAUAUGGGACGGCCUGAACGGAAGCUUGCACCUGUCGGGAGUCUCGCUCCAGGGUGAUUGGAUGUCAAGGGCACUGUAUGCCCCCAGGGAUCCAAGCCAACUCAUCAUGGGCGACCCAAAAAGAAUCCCUGAUGGAUUGCUCCAGACGCUAUCAAUUGGCGAGAAAAUCUACACCAUGAAGAGGGUGAAUGGAAAAGCAUGGAGCAACGAUAUGGUGACGCAGCUCUGGAGGACCCGCAGAGGUAUAUCAGGCGCUACGAGAGAAGGAUGGAAUGUUCUGAGUUUGUCUACUCAACCAGAGAUCCAUUCAAUAUUCCUGAACUCCGGGAAUGUGCUCCAAGGCAGGAAAAGCAUCAAGCCAAAGGAAAAAGUCAAAGAGCCUGUCAAGGAAAAAAAGACACCAGAUAAACGCACACCACGCAGUCACCGCAUGUCUCUACGGGCCUCGUCUACAUCCAACGUUCGAAGCAUCGUAGUACCCACGGAGAUUAUCCUCACGAUCAUGGACAGACUACCUGAUAUCGACGAUAUACUAUCCUUGCUAUGGGUCUUUCCACACUGGAAAGGAUUGAUUCCCCAGGGAUACUGGCGAAUCCGGUGCAUCAAUGAGCUUGUGCUCGAUGAGGAUCAAGUACCGGACAGGGAUUCGUUAAACUGGGGCUAUUUGUACUUUAACAUUGACGACAUUCUUGCCCGUUCGCACGGAUGGAGGAAUCGACGACGAAUUAUGACGAUUCUGGAGGGGACAAAGGAGAUGUUUUUGAAAGAGUUGGCGAAACAUAGAAUGGGCAAAAAUGGGCAUACUAGAUGCUGA